UUCAUUCAAUGAGUUUACUCUUACACACGUAUGAGCACUUUUCCGUUCCUACGGUCCUUACCCAUGUGGCGGGAGUAGCAUUAUGAUGGCAAUUUUGGAAUUUUCGUUUUGAUAUAUACUGAUAGUCAGUUUCUAUGACGUUAAAUUAAAGUGUGUUUUUCAGGCUUUUCAGUGAAUUUUGUAAAAAAAUGGCUAUGGCAAAUCUACAGGAGGAAAAAUGUAGUAAGAGUGAAGUCUGUGAAGACUUGCUAGCAUUUACCAGAUCGAGUCAACCAGAACAAGGAAACGUAAGUCAAGAUGUCGUUGAUUUUACCAAGCAAUCAUGCCUAGUUUGUGAUGACAUAGCGACGGGACGGCAUUAUGGUGUUAUUACAUGCGAGGGCUGUAAAGGAUUUUUCAAACGAAGUAUAAGAAAAAAUAUGCGAUACACUUGUCAAGACCGUGGUGAUUGCCCAAUAGAUAGAUCGCAGAGAAAUCGCUGUCGACGAUGCCGACUUAAUAAAUGCUUAAAAAUGGGCAUGAAGAAAAGUGCAGUUCAAGUUGAAAGAUGCCGAGCGACGCUGAACGAUAACCAAUUGACAUCAAUGGUCCCAUUCAAAUCAAAAUUAGCCGAGAAAUGCGACUUUGGCUUUAACAUGGCGUUUCCUGAGGAAAAGAAACUGACAAUGGAAUACGUUUAUGAGCUUGCUACCCGACUUCUUUUCCAUUCAAUAGAUUGGAUUAGAUUUACUCACUCUUUUAAAACCUUAGUUCGUAGUGACCAAGUCAUUCUUCUAAGAAACUCCUGGACUGACAUAUUUUUGCUAAGCUUUGUUCAGUGUGCUAAAGUCUGUCCGUUAGAGGCAACACUGAAUCUCAUGAAGCAGAAUAUAGAGAAUAUGGGCCGUGAACUGAAUGAAACGGACGUGGUUCAAGUUGAACACAUCGAUAAAGUUAAAGACUUGCUUCUAACCUUGGAAAGACAAGAAUUAACAGCAACAGAAUUUGCCUUGUUAAAACUAAUAUGCCUUUUUAACCCUGAUGUUUCAGGUUUGGAUGGUGUACAUGACGUUGAAAGAAUGCAAGAAAUUGCUCAAAGUGAACUUCAAGAAUUUGUCAGAGUGGGCCAUCCAACCAACCAACGACGUUUUGCGAGGAUCUUAUUACGUCUGCCAGCAAUUAAAACAAUCAGCUCAAUGAAAGUUGAAGAGAUGUUCUUUUCUCCACUUAUAGGAGAAGUGAGAAUUGAUCACAUCUUACCAACGAUUUUGAACAACAGUUACAAUGCAACUAAAAACUAGCAUAUAUGGUCAUGGAAACCUGGAUAUUAUUACACAACCUUGGAAACAACCUACUGCAUGUUAAAUUGUAUAUAAUACAACAUGAAAAUUGACAUUAAUUGCUGGGCAAAGUUAAUUGACUUAUAAUUGUGAAACAGAUUGUGUUAAACUGUAUAUAGCUGAUUAAUUGACAUCAAUUUCUGGGUGAAAUAAAGCAAUAAAAUU